AUGAUCUGCCAACGGUGUCGAACCCAUAUCCUCUCCAGGAUUCAAUUCCAACAACACACUCUCCGCUCGCCGUCAUCAUGCGGAUCUACCAGUUUUCUUAAAAUCCAGCCCCGAUUUGUGAGCACCGACAGCCCGCGAACUCCCGCUAUGCCGCCUCCCCCGACUCCCAGACAACCCGGCGUGGGCUCCGUGACAGUUCCCUCUGCUAUAUCGUCUUCAACUCCAGGCGUCUCCCAACCGCUCAGCACACCUACAGAUGGGGUGUCUAAGCCCGCAACAUCGGUUAACGAUAAUAAGGGACCCGCGGAAGCUGCUGCAGCAUCUGCUGCCGCAGCACGCCAACAACCAAGCAGUUGUCCACCCGGCACCCCUAUGACCGGUCUUGAUUACAUAAAAAAUAAGCCCGGUAUUGUCGCUUUGGAGGACCACGAUUAUCCGGAAUGGCUUUGGACAUUGAUUGACGAUGGCUCCAAAAAGAAGAAGGAGGCUGGGGGCGUAGACCCAAGCACAUUGAACAAAAAGCUGCGCAAACGAUACGAUAAGAAAAUGGCUGCAUUGGCAGCUUCUCGACCCCGAAAAAUACCCGUCCAUGAACAGUCUCUGGAUAUUACGCCUGCAGAGCACAACAGCGAACAGAAUAGCUCGAGAGAUACUCUAAUCGAAGCGGUGGCAAGUCUGCAGAAGAGGGAGGAAAUUACAAAGAGCGCUAGAGAAUCCAGGAGGAAGGGCAUUCGCGAGGCUAACUUCUUGCGUGGGCUGUAA